CAUUGUGCGACCGAAGUGCGUGCCUUGUAGAUCAUGUCAAGCAGCGUCUCUGUUUUGCUGAGCAGCUUACUAUUGAUGGUCUGUCGCCAAACAAACGCAGUCGAAUGUAUCGAUAUGGAAGUGUAUUCGAACGAAGUAUUCAGCUGCUGCAGGUACGAACCGUUCUGCAAUAGAGAGGCGAGCGACAAGUGUAGCAGCGAGCUAAACCCCCAGCUGCCAACCGGCUCACCCGAUUACACAGUGUGCUAUGUGGAGUGCGUUCACCGUGCGAUGGGCUACAUAUCGGACGAUGGUGCAGUGGAGGUGGCAAAGUAUGUACAGUUCCUGGAGCGGUACGAUAAGGGCUAUCAAAUGGUGGUCGGGAGCGCCGUUAAAUAUUGCGCCAGCAUUCAGGACGACAUUCGGCGCGAUGUGGAGUUAAUGGAGACGAAAUGCAAUGCGUUUGCGCUGCUGUUUCACGUGUGCGUUGCUCAGCUGACGUUGAAAAGCUGCCCGGCUGAUCGGUGGCUGAAGGGCGAGAUCUGUGACAAGGUUAAGAUGGGCAUUACGCCCUGUAACUAAUUGGCUGUGGAUUUAACAGUUUGCGUCAAUUCAAUCUCAAAUUUGUAACACAAACUAGUGAAUAAAGUAAAAUUGACUUUGCAUUGGCA